GGCAGCGAGCCUCUGACCAUCCUCCCCCUCACCACGGAAAUGGAGGAAGCGGCCGUUAAGGCCCACUACAAGGUCUGCGACCGUCUGAAGCUGGAAAAGAAACAGCGCCGGAUGUGCCGGAGAGACCCCGGCGUGGCCGAGACCCUCAUGGAAGCCAUCAGCAUGAGUGCGCUAGAAUGCCAAUACCAGUUCCGCUUCGAGAGGUGGAAUUGCAGUCUGGAAGGGCGCUACAGGGCCAGCCUGCUCAAGAGAGGGUUUAAAGAAACUGCCUUCCUUUACGCCAUCUCUUCGGCGGGGCUGACCCACGCCAUGGCCAAAGCCUGCAGCGCCGGACGUAUGGAGCGCUGUACUUGCGACGAGGCCCCCGACCUGGAGAAUCGCGAGGCGUGGCAGUGGGGUGGAUGUGGAGACAAUCUCAAAUACAGCAACAAGUUUGUUAAAGAGUUCCUUGGGAAGAAGUCCAACAAGGACCUGCGCGCUCGGGUGGAUUUCCACAACAAUUUGGUGGGAAUGAAGGUCAUCAAAGCUGGAGUGGAGACCACUUGUAAAUGCCACGGAGUGUCCGGCUCCUGCACUGUCCGGACAUGUUGGCGCCAGCUCUCUCCCUUCCACGAGAUCGGCAAGCAGCUCAAGCAGAAAUACGAGAUGGCCCUCAAAGUGGUCAGCACGACCAACGAGGCCACGGGGGAAGGGGACAUCUCCCCAGCCAAGAAGUCCAUCCUGGGCCACGGUGACCAGAUCCCCAGGACUACAGAUCUGGUUUAUCUCGACGAUUCUCCGAGCUUUUGCUUGUCUAGCCGAUUCUCCUCCGGGACGUCCGGCCGGAAAUGUUACAAAGACAAGAACUGUGACAGCAUCUGCUGUGGUCGGGGACACAACAUCCAAAGCCGCGUGGUCACUCGUCCGUGCCAGUGUCAGGUCCGCUGGUGCUGUUACGUGGAGUGCAAGCAGUGUACGCAGAGAGAGGAGGUUUACACAUGCAAGGACUGAAGGAGUUGUGUCCGACGAGCCCCAACUUCGGGGACGGAUCCUCCUGGCCCCUUUCCUCGAGACAAAACAAAAAACAACGGGGACGCCCGGCGCGAUGGCCGAGCACUACCCCGAC